ACCACGCUAUCUAAUCAUUUGGUUAGUGUGUCGGCCAUUGAUCAAAAAUAAACCAUCCGAGCUUUGCAUACCAUGCAAUGGGUGUGAUUAGUCUCGAUCGUGCCACCGUACGGUGAAUAACAAUAUGUGGUCACACCUUCAACUCCUAUCGCUCUUCACACUCUGUACAAUCCUCUUAGUUCAAGGCUCUGAUGUGAGUGUGUGGAAGGCAUACAACUCACGUCUGCCCGGUGGGGCCGCCAAAAUAGCCCCGCUAGACAGGGGUAAUGUUGACAAAAGUGCUAGAAUCGUUGGCGGACGAGAAGCCAACAUUGAGAAUUUUCCCUACCAGCUCUCAUUGCGCCGUAGCGGAGUGCAUGCAUGUGGAGCCUCCGCCAUUGCGCUUCGGUGGGCUCUGUCCGCAGCUCACUGCACCUAUCCAGUGCCGCAAAUGAAUGAGAUGAGUUUGCGAGCAGGCAGUGCCAAUCGAUUGCUCGGCGGCACUGUGAUUAGCGUCGCCCAGAUCAUCAACCAUCCUCGAUUCAGCGAGUACACCAUAGAGUACGAUGUUAGUGUGUUACAAGCCGGGACAGACAUUGUGGGGCAAUUCAUUGCACCGGUAACGCUACCGCCCGCAACUAGUGGAUUCGCCCCAGGCACAUACGGCAACGUUACCGGAUGGGGUCUCCAAUCUGUCCCGAACUCGCUGCCAGCUCAGCUACAGGUGGUCGAGGUGCCCUUGAUCACCAUGGAACAGUGUCGCAGUAGCUGGCCCGCCGAAUGGAUCACGGAAGAAAUGCUUUGCGCUGGACAACCCGGUCGCGACACGUGUGGCGGUGACAGCGGAGGUCCGCUGGUCAUUAACGGCUACCAGAUGGGCAUCGCUUCCUGGGGUGUGUCCGAUUGCUCCGGUGGCCUACCAUCGGUAUUCGCCAACACUGCUCACCCGGCCGUUAGAAACUUCAUUCAAGAACAUUCGGGAGUUUAGAGGUUCAAGUUCUUUAACGCGUAACUGCGUACCGUCGCUACUUACAUCCAUGGCACAUCGGGCCCCUCUUCUCUUAUCACGCACUGUGGGAAAACAUGGAAUUCCCACCAAUGCCUCAACACGAUGGCCACACGCCAUCAGGCACCUGUUCCCUUCGCAGCGCCCGUCACGCUAUCAGGUACAAUGAUAAAUCUGUUCUGCCUUAUCUUCUACUCUUUGCAGCAAUAAAGUUCCCCACCAACUCUCCAAUAGUUGGUGUGUGUGU